AUGGCCUUCACAAUGCACUCCCACUCAGGGCAAUUCUGUCCCGGCCACGCAGUCGAUCAAUUAGAAGACAUCAUCCAGCAUGCCAUCUCACUAGGAUUCAAGACGAUGGGACUCUCCGAGCACAUGCCACGGUAUGAAGAGCAGGACCUCUACCCAGAAGAGCGACACGACCCCCAAGCCUCACUCCGUGCCCUUCCCCCACGUCACAACGCCUACCUCGUCGAAGCGCAACGCCUCCAGCAGAAAUACAACUCCCAAAUCCAAAUCCUCAUCGGCUUCGAAGCCGAAUUCAUUCGUCCCUCCUUCGCGCCCCUCGUCAAGGAACUCACUCUCCCCGCCUGCGUAGACUACUUCAUCGGCUCAGUCCACCACGUGCACAGCAUCCCCAUAGACUACGACUCAGCCAUGUUUGAGGCUGCCGUCCAGGCGGCGGGGGGCUCAGAAGAGCGCCUCUACGAGGACUACUACGAUUUACAGCAUGAAAUGCUGCUGGCUUUGAAACCCCGUAUCGUAGGGCACUUUGACUUGAUUCGCCUGAAGAGUCAAGAUCCAGGGAGAGAUGUUCGUCAGUGGAAGGGGGUGUGGGAGAGGGUGCUGCGGAACUUGAAGCUUGUUAAGGAGCAGGGCGGGUGGUUGGAGCUGAAUACGGCGGCUUUGAGGAAAGGGUUGGAGGAGCCGUAUCCUUGUAGGGCUAUCGCAGAGGAAUGGAUCAAGAUGGGGGGUGAAUUCACAAUGUCCGAUGACAGCCACGGCAUUGCGCAGGUGAGCACAAACUAUGCUGGUGGUUUGUCAUAUCUCGAGAGCUUGGGCGUCAAGAAUCUUUGGACCUUUGAGCGGCAACCCCAACCUGGUGCGGAUGGCUCAGCCAAGGCUACGCUGUCUGACAAGGCUGUGCCCAUAGAGGCUUUCAGAGAACACUUCAAGUUAUGA